CUCACAGGUCGUCAACAUGGACUCAAACGCUCCACGACGUCCGCGCGCUCCUACAAUCACUGUCGACACUGCUGCUGUCGACUCAAACGAUCCCGCACCGACAGAUUCUAUUUCUCCUUCGCCGCUGGACGAUACGAAUACUCUUGCAGUACCAACAGAUAAAUCUAGAGCCGAAUCAUGGUCCUCCUCGCCAUCUACAAAAGUCGGGACCGAUCAUGAACAGAUGUCUCGCGAAGUAGAAGCCCUAAGAAAAGGCGACCAAGCCGAAAUCCUAAAGCCCGACCCAGGCGAGGAAGACCUGUUUCACGUGGAGAACAACCCAUUUGCCUUUUCGCCGGGUCAAUUGGCGAAACUAAUCAACCCAAAGAACUUGGCCGCUUUUGUUGCGCUCGGUGGACUGCCCGGUCUGCAGAAGGGUUUGAGGACCGAUGCAAAGGCGGGUUUGAGCAUGGAUGAAGGAAAGCUCGCGGGUGCAGUUUCGUUUGAGGAAGCGACUUCUUCAAAGGUUGAGAAGACGACGCAUAGUGAUGCGCACGCUUCGGGAAAAGAUGCGUUUCCUGAUCGGAAACGAGUGUACGGCGCGAAUCGCCUUCCGGAACCAAAGUCAAAGUCGUUUCUUGAACUAGCAUGGAUCGCUCUGCAGGACCGCGUCCUCAUCCUUCUCUGCAUCGCAGCUGUUGUAUCACUUGCUUUAGGUCUUUACCAAACCUUUGGAGGAUCGCAUGAAGACGGUGGUGCGAAGGUAGAAUGGGUCGAAGGCGUCGCCAUCAUCGUGGCUAUUACGAUCGUCGUGGUUGUCGGCGCAGCAAACGAUUGGCAAAAAGAGCGACAGUUUCAGAAACUCAACCAGAAGAAGGAAGACCGCAUCGUCAAGAUCACACGCUCCGGAAAACCACAAAACAUCUCUAUUCACGAUGUACUAGUCGGCGAUGUCAUGCUUCUUGAGCCAGGCGAUGUCAUCCCCGUGGAUGGUGUUUUUAUCGAGGGUCAUAAUCUCAGCUGUGAUGAGAGUUCGGCGACGGGAGAAUCGGAUCUUAUUAAGAAGGUUCCCGCGGAGCAGGUUCUUCACGCGCUGCUGCAUGAGCAGGCGCCGCAGUUGAAGAAGCUUGAUCCGUUUAUCAUCUCGGGUGCGAAAGUUCUCGAUGGCGUGGGAACGUUUCUUGUUACUGCGGUGGGAGAGCAGAGUAGUCAUGGAAAGACAAUGAUGUCGCUUCGUGAUGAUCCGGGACUGACGCCUCUUCAAGCAAAGCUCAAUCUCCUCGCAGGGUAUAUUGCAAAGCUUGGUAGCGCAGCUGGUCUCUUGCUCUUCUUCGUCCUCCUCAUCGAAUUCCUCGCCAAGCUCCCCAACAACCACGAAUCUGGCGAACAGAAAGGCCAAGAUUUCCUCCAGAUCCUCAUCACAUCCAUCACCGUUAUCGUCGUCGCCGUACCAGAAGGUCUUCCCCUCGCAGUUACACUCUCCCUCGCCUUUGCGACAAAGAAGAUGACGCGCGAGAAUAACCUGGUGCGACAUCUUCAAUCGUGCGAGACAAUGGGUAAUGCCACGGUUAUCUGCUCCGACAAGACUGGUACGCUUACCGAGAAUAUCAUGACCGUCGUCGCUGGAUCAUUGGGUAUUCGCGGACUCUUUUCCUUUGGCGAUUCAUCGUUCGAGCAGGAAUCUGCUGGUGCUGAGAAGCGCGAGACCAUUGCGCUGGCUCAGUUCUCGUCGAAGCUUGAUCCUGAGUACAAAGAACUUCUCAAGACUGCCAUCACUGUCAACACCACGGCUUUCGAGUCAGAUGAAGAAGGAAAGCAAGGCUUCGUCGGCACAAAAACUGAGACUGCUCUUCUCGACUGGGCCCGUCGAUAUCUCGGUCUCGGCCCCCUCGCUAUCGAACGCGCCAACCAUCCCGUCACACGUCUCUUCCCUUUCAACUCCCAGCGCAAGUGCAUGGGCGCCGUUGUGCAAAUCCCCGGCCCGACAAAGGAUAAGCCCAAGUACAGACUCUACAUCAAGGGUGCUUCCGAAAUCGUUCUCGGCGAAUGUACCACCAUUCUCGGCGAUCCCACAACUUCACCUACCACCGAGGCCCUCUCCGACGAUGGAAAAGAGGAACUGCGAUCUAUUAUCUUCAACUAUGCUACAAACUCUCUUCGAACUUUGGGUCUUGCGUACCGCGACUUUGAGAACUGGCCUCCUGUUCUAACCCUCCGCCCCGAAGACGACAACGCCGAGAUCGAUCUCACUGAUUUGGUGCAUAACCUCACCUGGAUGGGCGUCGUCGGCAUCCAAGAUCCCGUGCGAAAGGGCGUCCCCGAGGCCGUAAACGACUGUGGUAUCGCCUCCGUCAACGUAAAGAUGGUAACAGGCGACAACGUCGAGACCGCGCGCGCCAUCGCUCUCAACUGCGGCAUCCUCACCGAAAGCACCAUGAACGAGCCCAACGCCGUGAUGCAAGGCUCCGACUUCCGCAAGCUCUCUGAAUCAGACCGCAUAGCAGUCGUCAAGAAGCUCCGUGUGCUCGCUAGGUCAAGUCCAGAGGACAAACGCAUCCUCGUCAAGACGUUGCGCUCGCUCGGUGAGAUUGUCGCUGUUACGGGCGAUGGAACCAACGAUGCGCCUGCGCUCAAGGCGGCGGACGUUGGUUUCUCAAUGGGUAUUACUGGCACGGAAGUCGCCAAAGAAGCAUCGGAUAUCAUCCUCAUGGACGAUAACUUCUCGUCUAUUGUUGUGGCUUUGGGCUGGGGGCGUGCUAUUAACGACUCGGUUAAGAAAUUCUUGCAGUUCCAGCUUACGGUUAACAUUACAGCUGUGGGUGUAACAUUUAUCUCAGCUGUGUCGGACGAUGAGCAGAAAUCUGUUCUCAACGCUGUUCAACUGCUUUGGGUGAACCUCAUCAUGGAUACUUUCGCUGCUCUUGCCCUUGCUACCGAUCCUCCUACUGGAAGUUUACUUCAUCGCGAACCUGAAGCUCGAACUGCACCGCUUAUCACAAUUACCAUGUGGAAGAUGAUCAUCGGCCAAUCGAUUUACCAGCUCAUCGUCUGUUUCGUCCUCUGGUUCGGUCGCGAUUCAAUCCUUGGCUAUGAAGAACGCGAAGUCCGAUCCCUCAUCUUCAACAUCUUUGUCUUUAUGCAGAUCUUUAAGCUCGUCAACAGUCGACGUAUCGAUAACAAGCUCAACAUCUUCGAGGGUCUUCACCGCAAUCAUUUGUUCAUGCUUAUGAUGACCAUCAUGGCAGCUGGACAGAUCAUCAUCAUCUUCUUCGGCAGCGACGCCUUUGUCGUUACACGCUUGAACGGUAUCCAGUGGGGAAUUUCUCUCGUUCUUGGAUUCUUCUCUAUUCCCAUUGGUGUACUCAUUCGUUUAUUCCCUGAUGAAUGGUUCCACGCCUUUGUCAAAGUCCUCGCUAAGCUGUGGCCAAGCUGGAUCCGCUUCUCGCGCAAGAAGAAGGAUACUUCCGAAGAAGACGGCACUGAGCCGUUUCCCAAGGAGAAGCUGGAGGGGUAUGAUAUGGAUACCGCACUUCUCGGCAUUCGCGAUGAUCUCGAGUUCUUGAAGCGUGUUCGCGGCGGACGCAUGACGGCGUUGAGCGAUGCCAUGGCGCGCUCACGCGAGAAGAUGCUUCGACGCAAGAGAUCCGAGUCUCGACCUAGAAGCAAGCUUCGCAGUCGACGCGGUUCGUCAAGGUCUUCGAACAGACCACCCAUCUCGCCGAUGAUGUCGGUUGUUGGCAUGCCGGGUAUUGUGGCUGCUAGUGUAGCGGGACUGCAGCCUGGACAGGGAGUUAAUAACGAGAAUCUUGAGGCGCGACAGGCGUGAGUGCGAGCAUGUUAUACUGGAUACUUGUGUUAAUUUGGGUCAUGUUAUGUUGUAUUAUUUAGAGAUUGAACGAGUGCUGCAUCUGUUUUAAGUGUACGAGUUCGAUCAGAGCAAUCAUUUAUAGGAACGGAAAGGAAAGUCACAAAGCAAAGCAAAUCAAAUCAUAGAUGUCUGGAGUUGGCGGUCGAUAUGUCAUGUUAUAUAUACAAGUCUGAGCGAAUGAUCUAUCUACUAUUAAUAAAAGUUUGAACAACAAA